UUUAUUUAAAAAAAAGAAAUAUUUUGCAUUUAAAAAUUUUCAAGAUGUCAUGUCAAACCAUCGAAUCUACAGAUUAUAAUCCCACUAAAUGUCUACGAAAAAAACGAGAAGACCAUCAUCGCCACGACGUUUCUUUGCGCGGCUAUAUGGCCAUUUGGAGGAGACUAAGAAAACGGAGAAUGAUGAGGAUGAGGAUCACGCAAGAGAGAGUUUGGAUUCUUCGCCAGAAAUCACGAAGAAAGCCUCACACACGCUUCCUGAUUUAUCUGAAUCACACAAAAUGUUGCCUGUGUUACACUCCAAGAACCUCGAAAAAGUGCCAAAUGAUAUCGUGAAAAAUAAAAUAUUCGAAAACAAGGAAACGAAAAAAGAAUCAAUGCUCACAGAUGUGAGACUGCCUUUCUUGCACGGAUUCUUUCCGAGAGGAGCCGGUCAGACUUUUCAUCUAACGCAGCUCACACAUCCAUCCACGUUACCAUCACAUCUUCACGUUCUACCGAACCAUCAAUCCAUGGCCGAACAUCAUUUCCAAGGAUUCUCAGCUUUCCUGGCGCGUAGAAGAAGAAAAGAAGGACGACCACGAAGACAAAGAACGACAUUUAGUGGCGAACAGACACUAAGGUUAGAAGUCGAGUACCGACGAGGAGAAUAUAUAUCGAGAGGACGCAGAUUCGAGCUCGCAACUUCCUUAAGACUUACUGAGACGCAAAUCAAAAUUUGGUUCCAGAACCGCCGUGCCAAGGAUAAAAGAAUCGAAAAAGCACAACUGGACCAGCAGUACCGAAAUUUCGCAGUAUCGAAUGGCUUAGUAAAUCUGCCGCUUUUCAAUGCGACAGGAUUUUGUGGCCUCUGUCUAUACAAAGAUACUUACGGAUCAGUGACCAAUCAUUCCUGCAUCUUCGGCAAUUCCAUUGGCGAAUCACCAUCUUUAAAGAAUCAGCCGCGUUACAGCAGAGAUAGAAACGAGAUAUCCGACAAUCCAUCAAAUCUCGUAUCUACUUAAUUAAAUCCAACUCGCAAUCGCUAUAUUCAUUUAAAAUAUUUUACAUUCAACAAGUUUCCUAUUUUAUAAUUAUGAUACAGGAGUAAUUUUAACAGUUUCUAACAUACAUUAAAAGGUUAAAUAUUACAAAAAUUUUUUUGCAUUAUGUCAUAAGUAAUAAAAAACUAAUUGUGACAUUC